ACUUGUUUCACCUUUUAACAGACGACAUAAACUGUGAAUAUCAUAUAACAUACAUAUUUAUAUAUAACAUACUUAUAAUAAUGAAGAAAAUUGCAGUAAUAUGAUUACAAAUUUCAACGCUAACGCAGUUGAUAUAUGCCAAAGAACCGCCAGAACUAACUAAAUGCUCCGUCAGCAACUCAGCCUGCUUGAUUAAACAAACUCAGAGGACUCUUGAAAAAUUUGUCAAAGGCAUUCCUGAACUUGGUAUAGAACCAAUAGAUAAAUUGCCUGUGGAUGACGUAAUAAAUGUUGUUGAUAACUUUCUAUUUAAUUGGACCGAUGUGAAGGUAGAAGGCUUUAGAAAUACAAUUAUAGAUGACGUUCAAAUUAAUAUGGACUUGAAAACGAUAAGGUUACUGUUUAACGCAACUUUACGUAUGAAAUUUGAUUAUGUGAUGGACGGAUUACUGUUAUCUUUGUUUCCUGUUUAUGGAUCGGGGAAAGGAGAAUUGAGAUUAGAAAAAAUGCAAAUGGAAAUGCUACUUGUGUUUGAUAUUAUUAAAAAUGACAAUGGUGAAGAUGUCAUCAAUUUGAAAACAUAUUAUUUCGGAUACGAUACCGCCGGUGGUGUCAAUGCACACUUCGAUAAUGCAUUCAACGGAGAUAAGAAAAAGAGUGAAGUAUUUCAUAAAUUAAUAAAUCGAAGUUGGAGAGUAAUGAUGGCCAAUUUUGCAAUAGUUUUCCAAAAUAAAAUCACACAAAAACUGUUUGAUGGUGGAAAAAAAUUCUUACUCUCAUACGACUUAGCAGAUUUGGUUGUAUUAAAUUGAACUAAUAAAUACAAUUUUGACAAAAA